AUAAACGUGGGCAGGAGAUCCGGACUGUGGCUGGCUUUGCUGUGUUUAAGUUAGUACUGGUGCAGUGCCCUCUCCUCUCUAACUAACCCCGACUGUAUCAACACCGCUGUCGGAGGUCGUGUUUCAGUUAUUAUGGACCUGGACUUAGACGACCUAGGCAUCGAGCGCCCCGAUGGCUCAAGCCAGGCUGCUUCCAGAAAACCCUCAAGGUUCCUGCCCAAAUCAUCAAAGCCGAAGCUCCGACCGAAACCAGAACCAGUAUCAGAAUCAGAACCUGCUGCCCUUCCUGUAAAGAAACAAGAAGAUUCCCAGCCAUCACUCGAUGCCACUGUCAAGGCAGCCUUUGAACCCUCUCCACCGCCACCUGCUUCUUCGACUCUCAAUUUUAUGGCCAAAGAGGAGGUGGAAACGAAGGCGGAGGCGGAGGUGGUCCCCAUGGAAGAAGACGGUGACGAAGAUCGAGUUGUUCGCGAAAUUGAUGUCUUCUUUAAUCCUUCUCCUCUUGAUACCGAUACUCAAUUGUAUGUUCUUCAAUACCCUCUUAGACCUUGUUGGCGUCCUUACGAACUGGAUGAGAGAUGUAAAGAGGUUAGAAUAAAACCAGAAUCUUCAGAAAUUGAAGUUGAUUUGCGCACUUAUGAUGGUGAUAACUGUAACAAUGAUGAUGCCGCCAAGAAUAGGAAAAUGACAAAGCAGACUUUGUCAUCUCUGUGGAAGCCACCUAACACCACUGGCUAUGCUGUUGGGGUUCUGAUUGGCAACAAGUUACACUUGAAUCCUGUUCAUGCAGUUGUACAACUUCGGCCAUCGAUGGAACACCUUAAGUCUAGUAAUCUAAAGAAGAGUAAUAUUAUUCCAGAUGAAAUAAAUGAGGAAAAACCAUCAGGAUCAUCAAAGAAGCAGGGCAAGCUUUUAGGGUCACUAGAUGAGCAAAACAAAGAUGAUGCUGAGUCAUGGGUUUCACUUGAAUACCAUCAAAUAGAUAGCAGUAUCUCACGUGGAUAUCAGCAAAAAAUGGUGGCACGAGAAAGUUCUCCAAUACAAUUCUCUAUGAACUCGUAUGACUAUCUCAACUCUUUAUGUCCUGGAACAUCUAGCGACAACAACAGAGUCAAGGGUCCUUCAAGAAGGUUCUUGCUUUCAUUGCCACUGGAGGAGAGGUUCAAAAUAUUCCUUUCCAAGGGCACUCAAGUGUAUCGCUUCACUGCCCUUAAGCACUUUGCCCCUGAUAAAUCCGAUGAAGAUCUUUUAGCAGUCCUUCAGGGAUAUGCUGAUUUAGUACAGGGAUUGUGGGUCACAAAAAGUGCUUUGUUAUGUGAAGGAGUUCAAGCUUUAGCUAGAGACUAUGUUCUUCUUUGUUUUAGCAAGGGGCCACUAAUCAGCUAUGAAAAGCUAAAUGAGACAGGACUUUCCAGAGAUAUUUUGAAGCGUGUUUUGAAUUCAUUGGCUAUUGAAAGGCCUUCUUUCAAAGACUGGAAAUUUAAAGAGCCUACAGAUAUGUUGUUUACAAAAAAUUUCCCAGAUAUAGUGAGGGAACAACAACACCGUUGGGAAAUUCGAGAAAAGAAGAUCAAAGACUUAAUGCACCGACCUGUGAAAGGUGGACCCACAAUGAAGCAAAAUAUAACUAAUAGACCUAGAACUUCUUCUAAUGCUGAUCAAAGUGCAAAGGUCAAUGUCAAUGGAACACUUGGCUGUGGGACAGUAACCAUGUCAGAUGAAACUCGCGAAGCUCUGCCAAAGGCUCUGCGGGAACUUUUUCGUAUUCACAAGGUUUGCAGCUUACAAUUGAUUUGCCAAGGUCUGCGGGAUCUGGCUGUUUCAAAAAAUAAUAAGGCACAUGCUAGAGCUGCAGUAGCUGCAGCACAAGGUGUUUCUGCCCCUCUACCCGAGCUCCAGGCUGUCAUAGAUCAAGUUGCAAUAAAUGUCCAUGGUGUCUAUGUUCUAAAGUCAUCAGAGGAGCAUCCAGAACUUGAUCCAUUGAGGAAUGUUGUUAUUAAUCUAUUCUGUGCCAAGGGACCUAAUGCAUGCCUGAAAAGGGAAGAAAUUUUUGAAGCUGCCAAGAUUGCACUUGAAAGGACCAUCACACCUAAUGAGUUGAUGAAGGUUACCAGUGAGCUAUGUAUUUCUAGGAGUAAUGCAUGGUUCCUGAAAAGUGGUGAUGGAAAACCUUGAUAUUUUUGUCAGCCCUCUAAAUUGACCACAAAUUCUUUUUCCAGUUCUAUGAGACAUCUGGAGAGAGUUCAAUUUUUCUGAUCUGGUGCAAGUGAUCCAUGCGAUCUGUACAAAAACUGCUUGCAUACAAACCAAAUUUCUGCCGGAGACAUUGUUUCAAAGAAAGUUUAAGAUGGUCACGUUUAAUGAUAAUCCGAUCAAUGCCAAGCACGAGUUGCGUAGCCGAUACAAGUUCAUCUUUCAGCACACAACAAUAAUACUCAACAUUGGGUCCCACAAUAUUUUGGAUGUGCAUUAUAAUUUAUAAGAUGUGCAUCAUAAGAUCUUGCACGAAGAUACCAAUGCGAUGCCGGGCUGGGAUAACUAUGAAUAGAUCAUAAAUAAAUACUUGAGAAACAUAAAACUCAAGUUAAUGUGA